UCCACCAAUCAACCAUACAAUCUCCUCCUUUACAAAUCGCAUUUCUCUCUGUGUUGCUAACGAAAAUGGCCAGCUCUAAGACCUUUCUCCUUUUCAUUGGAGUUGCCUUUGCUGUUCUUUUUCUCAUCUCUUAUCAGGUCUCUGCUCAUGAAUCUGUAGGGACGGUUGAAACUCAGGAAAGUGCAACAGCUGAUGUAAACAGCUUUCAACCAGAAAAAGGGCACGGGUAUGGAUAUGGACGAGGAUAUGGUUACGGCGGAUAUGGGCAUGGACACGGAGGCAAACAUGGCUAUGGUUAUGGCUAUGGAAGGAAAGGGCACGGCUAUGGAAAGUAUGGAUAUGGUGGUGGCAAACCAAAAGCAAUGGCAGAAGCUGAAGUUGGAAAUUAAAUGAGAUACUACUGAUUGUGAGGCGUAGUUUAAAUAAUAAGUACGUGAAAAAUAAUAAAUAGGGGGUUUUAGGUAGGGUACAUGUCCCCCCUAGUUGAAAAUACUGUAGCUUAGGAGUCACUUGGGUGGAAUAGUUAAUUUGACUUGGCUCUCACUCAUAGUUGUCAUCCUUAGUGCCAUGUAUCUUUACUUUGUCUUCCCAGUUAUAUGAACUUACAUGCUCAGUAUC